UGCUAGCUUCAAGCUUUCCAACUUCGGUCUUUUCAGUCACAUAUGUGGCAAAACAAGGUUAACUUCCUUAGCCGCGCUAAUAUGACAUGCAAGGGCAGUUGCCAAGAAAAUUGGUCAUUUAUGAAGGAAAGUAAAAGAUAGUCACUUUUGACAAACUGCGAAGUUGUUGUAGCCUAACUGUCAACCAGAUUAUGGAAAUAUUAACCACGCAUAACACAUUCAAAUGCAAUGGGGAUGUGGGUCUGAGGUCUUGUGAUCAGUUGUCAGUGAGUGGUGAAUACCGAAAGUUCUGGAACAUGCACUGGAGCCAGCAAGUUAACCUAGAAUUGAUGUAACGUCACCUGGUGGACAGCCGCCUGGGCGUGAGGGUCAGAGGGCAGCGUUGAAGCCACCAUGAGCGAGAAUGGCUCCCUCACAGAGUCGGCCAUGUGCUUAGAGGAAGUGGCGCUGGACAAGGACAACAAGAUAUGCAUCUACGACAAAGACGGGGACGACGACGACAACGAGCUGGACCCCGACGACAGAAGCGGCCUGAUCCACCCGUCCACCUCGUCCUUCAUGUCCCGCGUCUACGACCGCACCACGGUGCUCAUCGAGCAGGACCCGAUCCGGCUGGACGAAGAGGGCGAAGAGGACGGCCACUGCGGCGGAGACUGCGAAGAGGACGGCAUGGUCUUCCUGGCCGAGGGGGAAGUGGAGGAUGACGAGGAAGAAGGCGACGGCUCGUUGGCCUUCAUGGGCGACCCCGAGGGCAUGGUGCAUGGCUACGUGCACCACACCAUCUCCCCAGACCAGAUCCAGUUCACCAUCAACCCGGGCUCCACGCCCAUGCCGCGCAACAUAGAGGGAGCUACGCUCACGCUGCACUCGGAGUGCCCGGAGACCAAGCAGAGAGAGGUGAAGCGGUACCAGUGCACGUUCGAGGGCUGCACGCGGACCUACAGCACGGCGGGGAACCUGCGCACGCACCAGAAGACGCACCGCGGCGAGUACACGUUCGUGUGCAACCAGCAGGGCUGCGGCAAGGCCUUCCUCACCUCCUACAGCCUCAAGAUCCACGUGCGCGUGCACACCAAGGAGAAGCCCUUCGAGUGCGACGUGCAGGGCUGCGAGAAGGCCUUCAACACACUCUACAGACUGAAAGCACACCAGCGGCUCCACACGGGGAAGACGUUCAACUGUGAGUCGGAAGGCUGCACCAAGUACUUCACCACGCUCAGCGACCUGAGGAAGCACAUCCGCACGCACACUGGAGAGAAGCCCUUCCGUUGUGACCAUGAUGGAUGUGGCAAGGCGUUUGCGGCCAGCCACCACCUAAAGACUCACGUACGGACACACACAGGCGAGAAGCCUUUCUACUGUCCCAGUGAUGGCUGUGAGAAGACUUUCAGCUCGCAGUACAGCCUGAGGAGUCACGUACGCGGUCACGACAAAAGCGGCAACACCUUCACAGUCAACCUCAGCCACCCGCUAUCUGAAGAUGCAAACCACUCGCUGUGCCUCAGUGAUUUGAGCCUCAUCUCAACGGAUUCAGAGCUCCGGGAAAACCUUAACAAUACCCACGGCCUGGACCUGAGCAGUGUUACUCCAGUGCGGAUAUUUGAGCUGAUGUUCCAGAGCCCAGACAACAGCGUCAGUCAGGAUGAUGUCCACCCCACAGAUAGCCUAGUGGAAGCGUUUGGCCUGGACACUCCCUGUCAUCCGGCCGUGACCGCCACCCCGGCCUUCACGCAGGCCCCUUCCUCGUCCUCGUCCUCGUCGUCCCUGGCGACCCCGGUGCUGGACGUGACCCUGCAGCCCGUGACCGCGCCCGCUCAGCAGCCUUCCUCCUCGACGCUGCCGCCGACGCCGACGCUGCCCACCGCCCAGAGCUCCGCGGCCGAACUGCAGACCGUCUCGUCGCUCCCCGUGGCGCCCGGCCCUCAGCCUUACGUGGCCACGCUGCCGCUGCCCCCGCUGGCCCCCGCCACCGUCUCCGCCGUACCGGCCAGCGCCGUCACCGCCGUCACCGCAAACGCAGUCACCGCAGAAACAGCACCGGCCAGUUUGGCUGCGCCUCCCCCUCCUCCUCCUCCUCCUCCUCCUCCUCCUCCUGUCCCUCCUCCUCCAACUCCUACAUCCGCCACCAUCACCAUAACGCCCGCAGGGGGUGGCAUGCUGCCUCCGGGCCUGGUGGUGACCGACCAGAACCUCCAGUGGAUCCUCAACGCCGCCAACGCGCAAAGCAACUCCGAACAGCAGGGACAGGGUCCUAAAGUGGAGAAAGUCUUCUUCACCACAGCCAUACCCGUUGGAGGAAAUUCAGGAAGCUCUGUUCAGCAGAUUGGCCUGAGCCUGCCCGUCAUCAUCAUCAAGCAGGAGGAGUCGUGCCAGUGCAACUGUGACUGCAGGGCCAAGAGCACGGCCACCUCCACGUCCUCUUCCUCCCCCUCCGCUACCAACUUGCCAUCCUCUUCAUCAGCCCAGAAGCAGCAGACAGACCUUCCGUCGACUGACCCCGCCCCUGCCCCAGCCCCUGCUCCUGCCCCAUCCCCAGCCCCUAUCCCAGCCCCUGCCCCACCCCCCGCCCCAGUCGUGGUCCCUGCACCCCCACCUCCACCUCCACCUCCACCUGCCCCUCCCUCGCAGUGCUGCCCUGCUCCUUCAGACGAUCCGUCGGCCCAUGCCGGACACACGCAUGCAGCUGGUCAGCCCUCGUCGUUGUUAUCAGCAACAGCGUUAUCGCUAUCAUCAUCCUCCUCCUCCACCACUCCCCCGCCUUCUUCCUCCUCCUCCUCUUCCUCCUCCGCAGUCCACUCGCAGACUUUCCCCCUCGCCAGCACGUCAGGCGCAGCUCCCCUCCCUUCACCAGUGGCCGGCGGCGGACUGUCCACCAUGGACGUGGCAGACUUCCUGUCCCUGCAGAGCACCGAGGGCUCAACCAACAUGGAGGCCCUGCUGCUGGUGCCAGAUGACUUCCCCAUGGCCGAGGGAGGCGUCCACUAGCGGCCCUCCUCCGCUGUCUCUUCCUCUUCCCCCUCCUCCUCCUCCUUCUCUUCCACCCCGCUAUCAUCUCUCUCUCCUUCUUCCCUUCCAACCACCUCUCGUUCCAAGUGCUGCAACCCCUCAGCCAGACCCUGGGCCGUGUGCGGAGCCCCCUGGUGGUCAAUGGGUGAAUAUACAGACACAUUUCCGAGUUGGCCAGUGCCUCUCCCUCCCCCAAUGGACCGAGCUGGACCAGAACCCUGCUGUGCAUGUCGCUCAUUUUAAAGGCAGCCCAGCCCAGCCCAGCCCAGCCCAGCCCGCAGUGUCAACAGAACCACGUCAGAUGGCUCGCCCUGCCUUUUGGUAGAGUGGUAGUUUUUUUUUAUUAUUCUUUUAUUUUGGCUUACCACAUCCAUUGACGUUACUUGACAAAUUGCGUUACUUGUCAUAACAGUGCUCAGAUGUUCAAGUCUAUAUAUGCAGCUUUGAAGUGAUCAAUGCCUGAAGUGACUUGUCUAAUGAUUGAUUCACUUUGUUUGUUUGUUUGUUUGUUUUUUUGUCGUUGUUUUUUCCCCCUCUCUCUCUCUGGUGUCAUCGGGGACAUUAGGGGGCUCAAAAAAAGAGUAAUAAUGAAUCGAUUUGGCUCAAUUUGGCUGGAGUUCACUUUUGUGCCAGUAUUUGAGGAAAUGCUAUCAAGCUGUAUCUGAGACCACAUAGUCACUUUUUGCAUGAUGUGGAACUUUUUGUUGUUCGUUCCUGGAAGGACAGGAAGCACUGAUUUGCCAGAAACUGUAAUGAAAUUACACACUAUGAUAUUUCCUAUCCUUGUACUGUAGUCAGCAGCGCUCUCUGAUAUAGACACAUUUAGUCCAGGAUUGACUAGAAUGUACUGCAUGUAAACAAAUGAUAACAAAAAAAAACAUGUUGGCAGUAGUCUUCUCGGGAGUAGUUGGUAGUUUUUUUUUUUUUUUAAAGAUCAGUAUACUAUUGCAAGGUCACUAAACAGGGCAGUUGAUGCAGCAGCUUUUUCCCCUAAAGCAAGGUCGAGUCUAUGCCACGCCAAUAUGAAGAGUAGCUAAUUAUACAUGUUACUAGGGAGGCUGGUGUAGUCCAGGAAAUGUGAUUGCAAUUUCGACUUUCUUUGAUUUCUCAUCUAUCAUUUGUUAUUUUUAUUUUUAUUUUUUAAAGAAAGACAAGGAAAAAAUAACGUUGCUUGCCUUUUUAAAAUAUAUGUAAUAUAGUCUUUACAUUGGUGAAAACAGCUGCCUAUGACUAAUUUAAUUUUUAUAUGUGUUAAUUUAUUUGAAUACUUAAUUGCUAUCAUCAGAUCAACUCUUCUGUUCUCUUUCUCUCUCUUUUUUCUUUCUCUCUCUCUCGCAAAAUUUCCCAGCUUUGUGGACCAAGUCCUGACGUGCGUGUUUCUUCUGAAGGCGUUCUCGUUCGGGGUAGUGAAAAGGCUCAGGUUUAGGCUUACACUUCUUCUCUCCUUUCCUUUAGGAUGGUGUUACUGAUUCCAGACUUUUCACCCAGUCAUUCACGUCAUGGCUGCCUGUUCUUAGCCAGAGUUAGGUGUGCAUGCAAGCACCAGAAGGGCUCCGCUGCACAUGUGUCUCAGCUGAACCAGUUUUGUUUUAAAAUGUUCUUCGAACUAAACUAAACAAGAAAAACAAACAUUCAACUUGACCAAGUUUGUUUUUCGUGCAGUGAAUAGAUUUAUUUAUGUCAGUGAUUGACAUAGAGUGAGACGCACACGCAUACACACACACACACACGCACGCAAGCGCUCCCAUUUGCACACCAUCCAAGCUGCUGCCUGUUAAGGACAAAAAGUGGCAUCUUCCUUUUCAGUCAACAAUUUGCCAUUUCAACACCCCACCCCACCCCACCCCAUCCCAUCCCAUCCCAUCCCACAGCAUGACCCCCCUCAGGGAUCAAAGUUAUGAUGGACGAGAUUCCAGAUCUGCAGCAUCAAAAUGCUCUGAUUUUGACCUUAAACUCAUCAGCUGCCCUUGCUGACCAUCAUUCAAUGUUAACUUUUCUCUGUAGUGUCUCAUCUCAAAUGCUUGCACUACCAGUCGCCGGUGUAGUUAGUCCAAACCCACUCUGUGUGUGUGUGUGUGUGUGUGUGUGUGUGUGUGUGUGUAGUCAGUCAGUAGCAUACAUCCCUUACUUUACACCACUGCUGUAGAGAGUAUUGUGUUGUGAAUGAGUUGAUCAUACAUGUAUAUAUUGCACAUUUGAUAAUAUAAAUACUAUUAUUCCUUUAGAUUGUAUUUGAAUUUGUAUUUUUGUAUAGAGCGUGAACUAUUUUAGGUUUUUGAGAUGGAAGACAGACCCUACCCCACACUGCCCCACCUGUCUCCUUACCAUCCUGUUUUAUGACCGCAGGCAUGCACUAAUUAUGCAUUUUCUUGUUUGUUUAUUUGUUUUGGAUUUUAUUUUUUGUGCUUUUUAUUUUAUUUUAUUUUUUAUUUUUCAAUGAAGCCUUGUGAUGGUCCAACUGUGGUAUUGGUGUAGGCUUUCUUAACCUACCCCCAAAACAAAACUUGUUUUCCGAUGUGCAUGUGUGACAGUGUUCCUGCAAGUUGAUAUAGAUUCUUCCUAAUGUGUAGAAGAAAUAUACAACAUUGCCUUACAGCCUCUCAAUGAUUACAGUUUGAAGGCACGUUGCCUCAUCAAUGUUGUUCUUCUGAACGCCUUUGCCUUUAACAUGGAAGGCUCUGUUGGCAAAGCAAGAACAUCUGUUUGUUUUGUUUGUUUAGUUGGUGUGCGUGCGUGUGUGUGUGUGUGUGCGUGCGUGCGUGCGUGCGUGUGUGUGCGUGUGUGCGUGCGUGUGUGUUGUCAUGGUGUGCCAAUGAACAUGUACUGUGUAUGAGUUCAUUUCUUGGGUGUGUGUGGUUAAUUGAUGGUCCUUAAUGCACACACCCCACAGCAUAGUUCACCAUCGUACGUGUCCAGCUCUUCAUACGAUUUCUUGUAUGUUGUGGCGCUCUUAAUUGUGUUUUUUUCAUGCCCUAUCCUACAAUAUUUUCAUCUUCUAUUAUCAUGAGGCACCAUAGCAGUUGCACAGCAAGGCUUUCUGUCAUGGCUUGCAUGAUUUUAGUUCCUGUUGUCUUUCAUCAUAGGACAGGGUUCUGUUGUGUUAAUAUAUACAGUUUGUAAGCACUUGAUGUUGGAUCUGUUGAUGUGUCUUUUGUUAUUUCUUUUUGUUUUGUUUUGUUUUCUGUAUGUUUUCUACAUUUAUGUAUGUAGUGCAAUGUUUGAGUCUGGAUAGGAGGUGGGACAACAGUGAAUGUUUAAUCUGCUUGAUCCUUGUCACUACUGUAAGAUCCUCACCAUAUCAACCUCAAAAUGUUGAACUAUGCAAGACUUUCAUCUUUUCCUCCCUUACUCUUGGUGAAAGAUGCCAAUUCUUUGUCAUUGUUCAUCUUCUUUUAACAGCAUAGCCUCUAUUCUUAGCCCACAAUGAUUUCUCAAAUACCCUUAAUAUUCAUUCCUUAAAUGUAAGAUUAUCAGAAGGCUCUCAAAGCUGAGUUAAACCAAUAGCAUAUUAAAAUAAUUUGGGCUUUGUAGACGCCAUUGUGUUAGAAUGAUUGAAUUAUUCCCCAUCAAUAAUCAUGACCACCAAGUUACUAUUUUGAGGAGUCACAGGUUGUGCUUGAAGAAAAGGCACUAUAAUUCUGUUGUAAGAAUUAUGUUCAGCAGUAAAACAUUGUUCUGUAUUGUUUCAAGGAAAAAAAUGUUUGAGGAAUACAACAUGUU